AAUUGUAUGCAAGCAGAAACAACAAACAGCUCCUUGGUGCUCUCCGCUCAUGGAUCAUGGUGGAUGUGGAGAAGUGGUCCAUCUGUAUCUGUUUGAACAAUUCUGAUGAUGUAGUAGUUUUGCUUUGCACCACUAUUAUUUUGUAGGGCAAAAUGAGGAUGGUUGAUGGACCCUUCCAUUCCCAUUUCCCAUACUUUUCUGUCCCACGAACUAAAAUGUUAGUGUUUGUCCUUUGGAGUGGAGGCCGUGGAGCAGUUGCGAGACCUAACGGACACCGACGUCACUCCUUCCCUCUCCCCUCCUGCCCCGUUACGUGUCUCGUCUCGGACACAUGAAGCGAACCCACCAUAGAGUUACAGACUUCAUCUACCUCUCUUCUCUGGUUCAUAGAGAGAGAGAGAGAUGCACAUCUCAAUCUCAUUGUAUCGUUUAAUCGAUAAUGUGAUAUGAGAUGGGUGUAUGUGUUGUAUAUAGAUAAUCAACAUAGUUAAUAAAAAAAUGAUGUUACUAUGUCACAGAAGGGAAUAGAAAAGAAUAGAAUAGAAAACUGGGGACAGAAGAUUAGAGAGAGAGAUAGACAUGAAACGGAAGUGGUCUAGUUAGGAGAGAAGCGAAGUAGUUCUGACGACUGACAUAGCCACUCAUUCACGAUCUCCACCGCCAGACCACGCUCUGUAGCCGGGCUGCGGCCGCCCUUUGGGUCAAGCACAAGCCCCCGUGCUCCCUCCCUCCAUCAUCUCUGCUGUCUAGAUCUUUCUAUGACCGUCUCUUUUCUUCUUCUUCCGGCGUUGGUUCUCUUUGUAAUUGAACUGGGGUUUCUGAAAAUUCUUUCGAUGCUCUCUUUCACGAUUUGGGUUGUUUGAUCCGAGCAGGGAGAUGGGAUGGAACCCGUAAUACAGGUGGAAGCAUUUUUUUUUUCCUUCGCUACUGUACUUUGACUGAACUCGUUUUAUCCUUCCUCCUGAAAACUCUCACGGAUUGAGACGUGUCUCUCCUUCUCUCUUCCUCUCUCUUGUCUAGGAAGCCUGUUUUCUCUUUUAUCUCGACGUGCAGCAACCGUACCUUCCCCCUAUCAGACCACUUGCAGGAAAACAGGUUGGUAUCUAUUCCCUAGCAUCUCCCUCUAUCUCUAUAUCUCUAUUAUUAUAACACUCAUGCGAGAUAAAAUUCUAGAGAGAGAGGGAGGAUAGAUCAGUGAGAUAAAUUGAUAGAGGGGAAAGGCUGAAUAUCUUUGAGAGAUUAUGUUGGGUUGGAGGUAUCUUUCCUCUUAAUUACUUAACAAUCCUUUUUGUGUGUGUUUGGAGGCUGAUUUUGGUUGGAGCGGAAUCCACAUUCAGGAAGGAUCGCCGUUGUUUUCCUCCUUGCAUAGAUUCUCAAGGGGUACACGUUGAGCUCUCACUUCUGUCUACGGAAACGGCAAAGCACCUCCCCCAGAAAUCCCGUAUCCCCAAUAUCUUCAUGCACCACCAGGCACCCGCUACUCUACUGUUCAUCCUGAAUUCACUCACCUCCCCGCCUGUCUCGCCUUCCCUCUGAUACACAUAUAACAACAACAAAUAGAGAUUGUGUGCGUGAGAGAGAGAGAGAGAAAGAGAGAGAGAGAGAGAGAGAAAUAAAGAAAGAAAGAAAAAAAAAUAUGCAGCAGGAGAGAGGUGGUGGUGGAGGAAUAGCAGGAGCAGGAGCAAGGAUAGACCAGAUGAAGGGGUUGCAACAGCAUGAUCGCCGGGUGAAGCCACCGGAGAAUCAACAACCACAGCAGCCUCAGAAAUGCCCGCGCUGCGAGUCUCUCAAUACCAAGUUCUGUUACUACAACAAUUAUAGCCUCUCGCAGCCGCGUUAUUUCUGCAAGACUUGCAGAAGGUACUGGACUCAAGGAGGAACCUUACGGAACGUCCCCGUGGGCGGUGGAUGCAGAAAGGGAAAGCGAUCCAAGAGAUCCUACCCGGCCGAUAAUCUACAGAGUCAACUGCCGUCGGUAACCCAGCAAUCAUCACAGCAGCAACAGUUCAGCUCCGCGGCGACCUCCACUUCAACUGUCAUGACCACCACUGGUAGUAAUCCUACUCUGAGGACCAAAGGCGCAGACUUGAUGAUCCCUUCUCCGAUGCCUCCGAUGGCACCAAACCCGUCUUCCGUGUACUACCCAAGUGGAGGGUCGUUUUUGUCUUCCUUGGCAGCGCUCCAAUCGUUCAAUCAGCCCAUGAACGUCGGUGGAGAUUUCGGGGGUUCCAAUCUGGCUCUGCUACAGGGAUUCAGUCUGCCUUCUUUCAGUGCCCAGCAGCAGCAAUUGUUCCAGAUGGGUGCUAGAGAUAAGACCAUACAUCAACUGCUGCCUUCGGAGGAAAACGCAAUUCAGCAAAGCAGGCCUUCAGCUUCUAAUCAGGAGUGGCACCACCAAAGCUUCAUCAACCCAAUUACUAACUCCAUCGCCUCCGAGGCGGGUUACUGGAGCAGCAACAACAGCAAUAACAGUACAAGUGGCCCUUCCUUGAACCCGAGUCAGUGGGUUCGUCCUGAUGCGCCAGAAAACCAUUAAUUUGUUGGUGGGUUUGAGGGUGAAUCUUAUUGGUGGCAUGGCAUGAUUAUCAGCUGCAUCAUAGACAUGGAUUGAUGGAAGGGUUAAUUUCGAUGUGGUCAACACCAUGUAGAUAGGGAGAAACAAUUUUCUGGGUUUUGUUAGGUGGUUUUGAUUUAAUGAAAUUGAACUUGUCUCUUCAGAGUAACUGUUA